AACCCGCAGAAAAUGGCUCCAAAUAAGAAAUCCAAACCCAAACUCAACUCAGCCGAGUCAACUCAGUCUCCAUCCACUUCUCAAUCCAAAUUCCCCGCCUGCCUCCGCUCCGUUCCUCCUUCCUCCGUCGCCAUCACCAUCCACGCCAAGCCCGGUUCCAAGCUCGCCACCAUCACUGAUAUUAAUGAUGAAGCAUUAGGAGUCCAAAUUGAUGCCCCUGCCAAAGACGGCGAAGCUAAUGCUGCACUUCUUGAUUACAUCAGCUCUGUGAUAGGGGUCAAAAGAAGACAAGUUUCUAUAGGCUCUGGUUUGAAAUCACGGGACAAGGUUGUGGUUGUAGAGGAAGUAACUUUACAGGGUGUGUUUGAUGCGCUUGACAAAGUAUUAAAGGGCCAAUAAAAGUAGCAGGUCUUUGAAAGUAUGGUGGAAUCAUUUCCUUACAAUGGGGUUAUCUCAUACAAUUUUUUAAUUGAUAUUUCUGUGUACUUCUUCCAUCUUCAAGAGUUGAGUAUGGUGUACUAUCUUGUAUUUCAGCUUUCUCGUGGAAGCUACAUAUCUAGUUUGUUUUUGUACUUCUUUCUGCCAAUGAUAAAUGAGCACUAGAUGCUUGGGGAUUUUUAGUGGUAGGAUUCUUGUAUUUAUGUGAUUGUGAUAUUGAAAUCCAGUUUUACACAAUUGCAUAUUAAGAUGUAUGGCCAGCAUAUCUUUCUAUUUAA